AUGGGAUUUUACAUAAUAUCUGGUUUUCAAGUAUUGAUAAAUCCAUGCGCUAAAAGUGAUCUUCAUCAUCUUGUAAAAUAUUAUCAAGAAGAUGUUGAAAGUUAUGAAAAAGUUGUAUCUGAGGUUGAUUUAUGGCACAGAUAUUUAAAUACAAAUAAUAUUAAACCUCAGAAUGCAUUAGAUGCGUUACUUAUAUGUAAUCAGGACUUCUAUCCAAAUAUUUAUAAUUUAUUGCACAUCCUUGCUGUACUCCCAGUUACAUCUUGUGAGUCAGAAAGGUCAUUUUCUUCACUGAAGCGAAUCAAAACAUAUUUGAGGAACUCGACUUCUGAAACCAGGUUACAUGGAUUAGCGGUUCUUAACAUACACCGUGAAGUUCCAGUUACAGAAGAUGAAGUAAUUGAAGUAUUAGCUUCAAUAAAUCGCCGCUUAGAUUUUUCAUUGUAA